CUCCCUGCGCUCGGAGCCAGCGCGGAACGGGGCGGCGCCGCCUCGGACGCGUUAAAACUUUUGGGGCGGCGGCGGCGGGCGGCUGGUGGGAGCGGGGUGGAGGCAGAGCACAGCGGGCGCGGGCGUUGCGCCCCGGCUGCCGCACCUGCUUCACGGCAGCCUCCCCGGGCGCCCCCAGCCCGCCAGGCGCCGCCCCGUUCCGCCGGGCCCCGGCGAGGCCGGGCCGGGCCGCCCCCCACGCCCAGCCGCCGCCGGCGUCGCCCGGCGGUUAUUAAGCGCUGCCGCCCGUGGGAAGCGGCCGUUGCCGGGAAGAUGGCGAGUCGUAGUCUCCGUCUGCUGCUCCUUGGUUACUUGGGGGUCCUGAGCUAUCCUAAAGUGUCUGGAAUUUCCAUUGAAACGGAUAACAAAAAUGUAAAAGCAGAGGAGUUUAAGGCUGUCAGCUGGGCUCCUGUCAAGUAUUCUUGUCACUUUUGAGGAAGAAAACUUAAAACAUUUAGAGCUCAGGACAGGCAAGAGGAGAGAGAAGCUCUUCAGCGAGUAGGCUGGGGGUGCACAAGAAGGUGGAGGGGACACAGCCGGGACAGCUGACCCCAACUGACCAAAGGGAUAUUCCAUACCAUAUGAUGUCAUGCUCAGCAUAUAAAGCUGGGGAAGGAACAAGGAAGGGAGGGAAUGUUCGGAGUGAUGGCGUUUGUCUUCCCAAGUAACCAUUACGCGUGAUGGAGCCCUGCCUUCCUGGAGAUGGCUGAACACCUGCCUGCCCAUGGGAAGUGGUGAAUGAAUUCCUUGUUCUGCUUUGCUUGUGUGCGCAGCCUUUGCUUUACCUAUUAAACUGUCUGUAUCUCAACCCAGGAGUUUUCUCACUUUUAGUCUUCCAAUUCUCUUGCCCAUCCUGCCAGGGGAGGGGUGUGGUGCUUAGCUGCUGGCUGGGGUUAAACCACGACAGAGCGUUUUAUUACGUUGUCUCUGCUCUACGUGCACUCCCUUUCUUCCAUUCCAUUCUCUUUCUCCAAAUAAGAUUAGUGAGAGGGCAUCAAUGCUAUCUUAUUCUGAAAUGACAAAACAUGGCAUGCAAGAAACAGGCAGCCUAGUCAAGAUGGAGAUGACUUGUUCAGCUGAGAACACUUCAGCUGAGCUGUCUCUGUGUCUACUAAUAUAGACCAACUCAUGAGACCAGCCAGCUGUCACAAGGUCAGUAGCAAAAGCAAGCUGAGCUUGAAUGAUGGUUUUUCUUUGUUAGAAGGAUACAAAAACAAAAUGGAAAGGAAACUUUAGCAAAUCUUAAGAUUCAGGAAGCCUCCACCCAUCCACUCAACCUGAAGUCAGGAACCUCGGGCUUCCUGAGUGCGCAGCAUGUUUUUCGAAGCGGCCAGUGUGUGUGUAAUACGUUUCUGGCAAAGAAUGCCCUCCUGCCUCAAUUUUUCUUUCAAGUCUGGACAUUUUUUCCUCUGUGAGAGAUCACCAAGGCUACCAGCCUGGCCCCUUUGAAACUUUUUGUUUCUUUACAGAACAGAUCUGGGAAAUCGGACUCUAAAGGAAGCUAUUCUUAGUUGCAAGCACAAAUUUUCCAAAGGGAUGAGCUUAAGAAUAGAAUGGAAGAAAAUCCAGUCUCAAGGAGUCUCAUUUGUCUACUACAAUAGUGAAUUUACAGGUGAUCUUCGAGGCCGAGCAGAGAUGCUGAAUACAGGAAUCCGUAUUAGAAAUGUGACCAGAAAGGAUUCUGGGACCUACCGCUGUGAAAUCAGUGCAAAGAGCGAAGAGGGGCAACGCCUGGGAGAGGCUACUAUUACUCUCACAGUUUUGGUUGCUCCAACUACUCCGGUAUGUGAGGUACCCAGCUCCGCAAUGACGGGAACAGUAGUGGAACUGAGCUGUAAGGAGAGUGAGGGGUCUCCUCCGUCUGAGUACCAGUGGUACAAGAACGGUGUUGCCUUACUGGAAAAGACAGGAAUGGGCAGCGCUAGAGCAGCAAACGUAACUUACUCCAUGAAUAAAAAGUCUGGCACUCUGCUAUUUAACACAGUUACAAAGAAUGACACUGGAGAGUAUUUCUGUGAAGCCUCCAAUGGGAUUGGAUUACCUCAGAAGUGCUCAGUGAAGCGAAUGCAAGUGGAUGACCUAAACAUAGGUGGUAUCAUCACUGCUGUAGUAUUUGUGGCUCUGGUAAUGACAUUGUGUGGCCUUGGAGUAUUUUAUGCCCAAAAAAAGGGCUACUUUACAAGCUCUAACUCCCUGGUACUGAAGCUAAGGAGCGUUACAACAGCAACUUUUUUGUGUAGUCAUUUUUAUUCUGCCACCUUCUAUGGCAAAGGUACUUCAAGAAUGACACGGAGAGGUUCGUGCAGUUGCAUAAGGCUACCAAGCAGCAGUCUGGGGAAGGCAACGAGCCGAACCCCGGUUCGUGCAGCAUCUCGGCUCUAGUUUUGAGAGGCAACAGCAAGGAAAGGCCACAUAAAAACAAGCCGUGCAAGUUCACUUCUAGUCUAGGAGGUCUGAGCGGCUGAGUUCUGAUGAGGGGAAAACUAAAUUACUGGCUCCCUCUUCUGGGUCAUGGCAAAAGUGCACGUGAGACAGCAAGCUUGCUUUUCAGGAUUGCUGCAAAAAGCUCGGCACCGAGCAACCCUCUCGGUAGCGUUUACUUGAGUGCCUGUAGGGUUCAGCACAGCAAGAAGGGGUGCCAAAGGUCGGGGUCUGAGAAGGUCUGCUGCCUGAAAGUAACAGGCUGACAGAGCUGCCGUUAGAAUUCAUGGUCACUUAGAAGUUCAGUUACCUUUGAAAGCAACCUACUCUUUUUUGGUUAAACUCAAUACACCAGAGAGACACAUUUGGUUCAGAAACUCCUCCUAGAAACUGAAGAGUGGAAUAAGCUAUGAAUAACUAUUUCAAAGAACUUUAUAUCUGCUAAGGAAACUGUUCUUGUGCUAAUUUAUUUUUUUUCCCUUUUUCAGAGGAAAGCUCUUCCCAGUAAGUAUCUCAAUGCAAGUAGUACACAAAUCACUGCAAACUUCAUUUACAUUUCUGAUGACUUAGUAACUGUGAUGAUUGUUUAAGGCCUUUCUCAUGAUUCUUGUACAGUGGGUUUUUUGAACACUGAAAUAAACUUGAUCCUACAUACCAGCUGGUUCCCUUAUUAGAACCAGUGUGCUGGUCAGAAAAUGAAUUAAGCAUUAUUACUGUGAUAAAUGUGCAGAUGUGUCUUUUUAUAUAGUUAUGAUUUACACCCCUAAGUCAGCUACAGGCAUGCAUUUGUCUCUUCUUCAAACUAGACAAAAGGUCAUCAGAACCAAAUUGAACUGUCCUCAUAUCCAUGUCUACAGAUUAUUUCAGGAAGUGUUUUAUAAAAAUACAACUGGUGGAAACUUUCUGAGGGUGUCUGGUCUACUCCUUUGAUAUGGAUUUAUUUCAUGCACUUAAAUUACUUAGUAGCAAGUCAGAAGCCCUCAAGCUAUUUUAGUGUUCCCACACAAGGCUAAAAUUGUGUGCUUCACUGGAGGCUGGCCACUUUUUUUUUUUUAACAAUUUUUUUUCUUUUAAAAGUUUAUCUUAGCACUUCUAGCAAGUUAAAAAAAAAAGGCAAUGCACUAAAGAGAAAUACAAAUAUUACUUUAAAAUACUGUGUGACUUAUACUGACCAUGAACGAGACAAAAAGUAUAACUGGAAGACUUAAAAAGACAGGCUAUGGAAGGUAAUUUGAUAGUGGUUUAUGAGAUAAUGACAGCUGUCGAAAAGCAUUCAAUGGAUUUGUUAUUGUAACUUUUUUCUAAGAGGGGAAAAAACUAAGGAUUGCUGGAAAUCUAGAAAAAUGCAUUCAUAAAUAAGGUUCUCAAAGGCUUAAACCUAACACCAGAAAAGUCACUAACCUAUG